AUGGGCGUGAAAUUGGAGCGCACUAGCACUUCGCAAACUCCAUCUGCCAAAAAGCGCAAGCUGGUUCAAAAUGAUGUAAAUGAAUUAGAAAUUGAACACGAGAGCACGGUGCCGAUGCUAAUGGACAUUGCAAAGGAGAUGCGGGACAUGAAUAGACAAACUCGCUUGAACGCCCAGCGCACAGAAGCCAAUACGGACGCGCUUUUGGCUCUAGGCACACAGAUCUCAGACCUAAUGCAGCAACAGCUCAAGGAGCGCAAGCGUCUUAAUGCUAUAAUGGAGAAAUUUGUUCUCAAAAUCGAAACAGCCGACUAA